AUGUCUGUCAAGCAGCUCCUUCGCUCUGAGGUCGUGCUGGAGAAGUAUGGCAAGUCGCUUGCCGGGAAAACAAUUCUCAUCACUGGUAUCUCCGAGCAGUCCAUUGCGGGCGAACUCGCCAUCCAGCUGUCCACCGCCGAUCCCAGGCUCCUCAUCCUGAGUGCCCGAACCGAGUCAAAGGUAGCUCCGAUCAUCGAAAAGAUCAAGGAGUCCAAGCCCGAUGUCGAAACUCGCUUCCUCGGCAUCGAACUGGCGGAUCUGAGUAGCGUCCGCCGGGCAAUUGAACAUGGCCUCUCAGAUGUGCCGAAGAUCGACCAUGUGGUCUUCGUGGCUGGUGUGAUGGCAUGCCCUUUUGACAAAACCAAGGAUGGCUUUGAGAUGCAGUUUGGUGUCAACUAUGUCGCCAACUUCCUGCUUGUGAAACUUCUCUUGCCAAAGGUCCAAGCAGCUGGCCCAGGAUCUUCGAUCAUUAUUACAUCGAGUGCGAUUAUGAGACAAGGCAAGGUUCAUCUCGACGAUCUUGAUUUCAGCGAUGGAAAGAUCUACGAUCCAUGGGCCGCGUACGGCCAAUCCAACGCUGCGCGCACCAUGUUCGCCAAAAGGCUCGGCGAGAAAUUGAAGGUCCAAGGCAUCCGUGUCUUUAGCAUUGAUCCUGGCUCCGUCAACACCGGAUUGCAAAGACAUUGCCCUCCAGAGUUCUUGGAAAUGGUCAAGGCGUGGGAGAAGCCUGGCUCUCUCGUUGAUGCAGACGGAAACAAGUUUGACAUGCAACCCUGGGCAACCCGAUCGGAAGGCGCGGCGACCAUGAUCACAGGAAUGAUUGAUACUACCAUCUCAGUUGACGACAACGGAUCCUUCUUGUGCCAAAAUGCCGUGGCGAAUGAUCACAUGCACUCUCACGUUCGGAAUGAAGAGAACAUCACGCGUCUUUGGGAGAUCAGUGAAGAGCUGAUUGGGGAAAAGUACGACAUUUAG